GGCAUUGGUCCAGUGCAUUGCCAACUUUGAAGCCGUGCAGACAACCCUAGUGCCGCACGCGACGUUGAACGAAAACGUCCCAUUUUAUUUUACGCUUUUAAUUCACUGGAACAGCUGAAUAACAAACAGACCCGCCCUUUUUAACGAGUCCGUGAGAAGAAGAAGAAGAAGAAGAAGAAGAAAGAAAGAAAAAGAAAGAGUUUCUCUCACGAGUUUUUUGGUGAUCAGUGUUUUUCUUUUAUCUUUUUGUUGUUGUUUUUUUAUUGUGGCGGGAAUGGUUUGAUCGGGUCCAUUCGACCACCCACCUUUUCUCUUUACGAUCAAGUGUUUUGUUGUUGUGAAAUUCCAUUUAGAACAAGUAAAACAACAAACUACUAUUCGAAAAAUGGACGAAGAAUUAUUGCCGGCCGCGAUGGCGCCCAUCACCGUAGUUCCUAGCAACAAUUAUUCGUCAACGGCACCGUCAAGUCCAUCCAUUUAUCCGAACCUGCAGCCAGAAAUGGCGGCCGAAGAGCCAUCGGCUGGACGACGGGGCAAUCCAUCUCCGAUUGCGAACCGACCGCAGGAAAUGAUUGUCGAAGAAGUGCUUUCAAAUAAUGGCCAAUUGAUGAAUCAAGCGACCAGUAGCUAUCUGAGUGGUAACGUCAAUUACAAUGGGGGCAACGUCACAUUCCAUUCGGCGCCACAUCGACCUAAAAACAACCGCAGAAAGUCACGUAAAUUGACGUUAACUCAAGUCUGUUCGGACGAAGCUGCUUUGAAAUCACCGAAAAUCAUCCACCAUCAUCCGCCGGAACCGACGUCGCCGCCGCCGAUGAAGCCCAUCGAUCCGGAUCGCAUUUCCAAUAAUUCCAGUUUAAUUGGGUUCGAUUCGGACAAUUCAGCCACUUCGGCAUCGACUUUGUCUUCAUCGUCUUCGCUCAAAUCGGGACCCGAACGUAAAAUCAACCGAAUCUUUUCCAUGUUGCAAUCGAUGCAGCAAACGUUCAUACAACAGCAACAACCACAACAACAGCAGCAACAACAGCAGCAGCAGCAGCAGCAGCAACAAACGAAACAGAAAAACGUAGAACCAAUUUACGAACAGCCAAAUCAAUCGUCGGGCAGUAUGGCUUCCGGUAUCGAUACGAUCCAGGCAAACGAUCGUCGAGGUCAACAGCUGCGCAUGGAUUUGCAGCAAUCGUCCGCUUCCGCUCCGCCCAGGCAACUGCUGUACGGUCUGGGCAGAAGUCAAGAUUCUUUAAUGACUUCACGAAUAUCUGGCCCGCAAGUCAAUAAGAUUUACAUGGCGCCAAACGUUGGUGGUGCAAACGCCAACAACAAAGGACCCAUUUACGCCAGUUGGAAUGGCUCGCAAUGUUCGGGAUAUACGUGCACGACCAUGACGAGUGACGGAGCAUCACCACCGCUAACGCACGCCAUGCCUUUCCACAAAGACGGAUGGACGUCGCUUUUCAUCGUCGGCAGCUCGACUUACGCCCAACUGCUGGUCGUCAUUUGCAUUGUGGCUGCCCUGUCUGAAGUCGUCACUCACAACGUUUCGUUCAUUUACUUCGAGACUUUCUUCGCCUUUUUAUACACCGUAUCGAUCGUGUUCUUCCUGUACGUGUUCGGCUAUUUAUUGCGAUCGAAAAGACGCCGAGAGGAGAAGAAACGGCUGAGGAAAUUAAGCCGAUGGAGGGAGUCGAACAUGGCCAAUCCGACGACGACCACCGGCGAAGAUGAAACGAGUGAUUACGACGCUGUGCGCAAUCCGGAAUCCAGCGUGUCGGUCGAGAAUGAAAUCGUCUCUGCACCGACGCCUUUACGUCGAUUCUUCAAUCAAUUCAGCAACGAGCGCAGGAGAUUCAGUCGAACAGAUCCAGUCGACAUGGAUGACUCGUCGAAAGGCGUCAGCCAGAAUCCGCAUCCAUCGUCACGCAAAAGCAGCGCCACCAAGCAAUGGAUGCCGCAGAACUUCAGCCUGGGCGGAGGAAGUUCGCCCAACGAGAUCGUCUCCUACAGCACGAUGAAUAGUAACAGCGACAUUGUCACAAACACCAGUGGCGUGGCCAACGGUCGGAAGGCGAGGAAAACUAAAGUCUCCGAUAGUGAGCACAGCCAUGGAAGUCUGUUCUUAAGGGCCGGCGCUGUGGCUUUCGGGCUGGGCACUAUGAUUUAUGACGGGCUGGAAUUCGGCGCCUUUCUCGAAGUGCCGCCCGAUUCGCCUUGUUUCGCUUUGCUGCGUGGCAUCAAUCCGCUUCUGCACGCAGCCUUCGUCUUCUUCCAAAUGUAUUUCAUCUUCGUGUCGGCCAGGCUCAAUAUUCACAAAUUCAAAGUGAUUGCUCGUUUUGGAUUGAUGCACUGCGUUGCCACCAACAUUUGCGUUUGGAUCCGGACGUUGGUCAGAGAAUCGUUGAAAGAAAUCAACGGUCAUUAUCAUUAUUACGAUAAACUUGCCAAGAGCCAACAAUUGCAGCAAAGCCAACCGGUGGCCGAUGGCUAUGAAUCCGUUUCCAACGCAUUCCUACAUCACAUUGUCGAGGCUGUAGCCGCCGCGGCCGGAAGCGAUGAAAGUUUUGAAGGAGGAAAUUCGGCCAUUUUUGAUAUAGUGAAUGAAACUUUGGGCGAUGCGCUCAUCGGCGCUGCAACUUCAGCCGCACCGACUGUUGGGGCCGUUAAGAGCAAAAAAGAAAUUAGUUUGUGGGAAUUGACGGGCAAUGUCUCGUGUGGCCGUCGCAUUUUCCUGGGCAACAUCAUCAUGGACGCUGCCCCAUUCCUCUACCCUUUCCUCAUUGAAUAUUCGCUCAUUGGUGCUGCAGUUCUCUACGUCAUUUGGGAACACAUCGGACUCAACCCAAAGUACAAGACGGAAGAGAACAACCGAGGCAUAAAAGAAGAAUCGAUUUGGAACAGCAAAACUCGUCAAUUGAGGGUCGAUUGUGUUGGAGCUUCCAAAGGACUUUUCAUCGGCCUCUUUUUCCUGACGGCUUCGCUCCUCUGUCUCGUUUUAUUCUUCAUUUUCGUGCCCAUGCCGCAAUUCAAACGACUGGGACUCAUCCUGGGCGACGCGGCUCAUUGCACUUUGCUUCUCGUUUCCAUCUUCGCCAUGGCGUUAGGCGCCUACAGAGCCCGGCAUCUUCAUUUUCAUUCGGAGCACAUGGAAGAGCUGGGCAGCAUUUUGUUACGGAUUUCUGCCUUGGGCAUUUUUACUUAUUCGGCAUUUUCAAUGAUCGCCGGAGCGCUGGGCAGUUCAACGGAAGAACCGCCCACUUUAGUGUUCAUCAACGGCCUGUUGUCCGUCAUUGAAGUGACGGUACAGACGAUUUUCAUCUCGGACAUGUCGAGACGGAGUGUCAACACAGCCGAGCAGGAUUUGGAGAAGCCGGGCAGACAAUCGGUCACUUUCUUGUUGAUCACCAACUUGACGUUGUGGCUGGUCUACACUUUUGAAAUGCAAAAGGUCGAAGCCAAUCCGGUCCAGCUGAGUUUUUACGGUUUCUUGCCGUGGACCAUCGUGCAGCGCAUUUCUCUUCCGCUGUGCAUCUUUUAUCGAUUUCAUUCGGCCAUGGUGUACGCAGAAAUUUGGAAAAACUCCUAUCGAUAUCACGGACCUAUGGACGAAACGAUGGCACCCGGUGGAUCUGAAAUGAAUUAAACGCACGCGUUUGUUUCAACGAUGUCAACCAAAAUUCGAUAAGGUGUUUCCAUGUUGAAAUAGUUCCCUUGUAUAUUUUGGACGAUUUUUCAAUCUUUCCAUAUCCUAUUAUACUUUUUCCUUGACGUCAACAAAAACGAAUGGUUUUUUGGGAUAUUAGAUCCCACAUGUUUCCAUAGACGUAUGAAAUGUGCUGCCUUUUUUCAAUGUCCAUUUUAAUAUCAUUGUUGAUGGGACCGUUUUUGAAACGGAGCAUAUUAUGUGAGUUCCACGAACUCAUAACACUAUAUCGUAAUGUAGGCAAUAGAUCAGGUGCAAUGACGUGUUCAUAUCCCAUUUUUAUAAAGUGCACUGUAUUUGUACAUUUCCGGAUCGACUUUGAUUUUCUAUUCCAGAGUAGUCCGUGUCUUAGAGAGGCGGAUAUUCCAUCAAGUAUAUUAGUUUAAACCUCUGCAAUCUUCUUCGGAAAUAAUUGGCUCUUUUCCCAUGUGCGUAGUGUGAAUUUUUGUAUUUAAAAGAUGAACUCUGUUUUCGCAUUCCUAAUGCUAAAAUGGUUUUAAGAAUGUCACUUCCAGAGGAGAUUUCUCCUUGUUCUUUGUUUUCUGAUUGAUAUGACAACUGUCUGGUGUGCAGUUAAUAAUAGCCUCUUUGGAACAGCAGUAAUCUUAAUUUGGAGGGAAAAGACGUUCGGCAAAUGGUAGAGAAACUGAUUCUUCUGGAUAUGGGAAAAGCAAAAUCCAUAACUACUCUAUUGUAAAUGUCCGAUUGAAUAUAAAUGUCAUCUAGCAAUAGUUAA